ACCACAGAGCAGGAAGGAGUACGGGGAGCCGCGCGGCGCACCGAGUACCGUAAACCCGAACACGCCUCAAGCCUUCCGAUGGGUGUGUGAGCGUAGCGCAACGGGACCUGCUCCUGCUUUCACCGUGUUCGAUUCCCUACGCGUACGCAGACAUGCGCGGGAGGAACUGCGAGGCGCUUCUGGCGACACUUGUCGUCCUGUUGACCCAACAAGUGGGAGCUUACACUUACCGGAACCAGCGUAAGUUCAGCGAGGACAUGGACUGGUCGUACGCGGGAACGUUAAACCAGAACAACUGGGCCAAGAAGUUCCCGUCGUGCAGCAGCGCCAAGCAGUCACCCAUCAACGUGGAGGAGAACCUGGCCCAGGUGAAGCUGAGGUACCAGAAGCUGAGCUUUGAAGGCUGGGAGGACUUGACGGGGGACCGGACCACCAUCAAGAACGACGGCAAGACCGUGGCUUUGCACGUGGACGGAGACUUCUACGUGAGCGGAGGGGGCCUCAGGUCAAAGUUCAAGGUCGGGCGCAUCACCUUCCACUGGGGGCGCUGCAACGCCUCCUCCGAGGGCUCUGAGCACAGCUUGGAUGGCGUCAAGUACCCCCUAGAGAUGCAGAUCUACUGUUUCGAGCCGCAGCGCUUUGACUCUUUGGAACAAAGCAUGAAGGCUGGAGGCCGAAUCGCAGCCCUGGCCGUGCUCUUUGAGGUGACCUCGGAGGACAAUGUCAACUUUGCCGCCAUCAUGGCCGCCAUCAACAGCGUGAGCAGAUAUGGGAAGACUUCCCAGGUUUCGCCCUUUCCGCUACGGGGUCUCCUGCCCAAUUCCACGGAGAAGUAUUUCAUCUACAACGGUUCUCUGACCACGCCGCCGUGCACCGAGACCGUCGAGUGGGUCGUCUUCAAGAACAUCGCGACCGUCUCCGCCGACCAGUUGGAGAUGUUCUGCGAGGUGAUGACCAUGCAGCAGGCCGGCUACGUCAUGUUGAUGGACUACCUGCAGAACAACUACCGUGAGCAGCAGGAGCACUUCCUGGGUCAAGUCUUCUCCUCCUACACCGGCAUGGAGGAGGUCCACACGCCAGUGUGCAGCUCAGAGCCAGAGAACGUCCAGACGAUGGUCUACAACCUCAGUAGCCUGCUGGUGACAUGGGAGCGCCCCCGGGCGGUGUAUGAGGGCGCCAUCGACAAAUACUCGGUCAGCUACAAGAUGGCCGAUGCGGAAGGAGUCGCCCCUUCAGAGUACCUGACCGACGGAGACCAGGAUGUGGGUGCGAUACUUGACGACGUCGGCGCCAACUGCACCUACGUGAUCCAGGUGGCGGCGGUGUGCGGUAACGGCCUGUACGGACGUGCGAGCGACGUCCUGACGGUCACCGUGCUGGUCGACGACCCCGACAUAAACAGCCUAGCCCCGCCUUCCUUUGACGAUGAGCUUUAUGAAGGCGUCCAAAUAGAAGAUUCCGAUCCAGCUUGGACGCCGACAACACCCGCGAGGACCUCGAUGUCCGGGUCACCUGACUUUCUUCCACCUGGCGCCAUAGCAACCACAUCGACGCCUCCUACCACGGUCACGACGUCAACGCAGAGAAGAGAAUCACAUGACUCCGCCCCUUCUUUUCACAUCACAACCGAGGGGGCCGCCAUUUCUACGACAAGAAACCUCAGCGGCGUUACGACAAAGUCCUCUGAAAGUGAUAACGCCGCCGUUAAUACGACGACACCAACGGUAAGGAUUUUAGUGGGGACGGGCGGUCAGAGUGUUGCGUCGAACGCCACCACCGCCACCGACGCCAUCUCACCAAUCAGCAGUCUCGGUGACACCAGCAGCACAGCGACGGUUGCGGGUGUCGGCACCACGCCUAAAAGAGACAAUUGGAUCACUGAAGCAAGCGGACUGGAAAAGGUCCCGGAGGUCCAGAGAGACCCCCCCGCGCCCCGGCCCUCGUCAACCCCCGGGUGGCCUCUUUUCACGCCCACAAAGACUUCGGUGUGGCGGAGCGCCAUUCUCGUGCAGACGACGCCGCCGCUCCCGAAUGGUGAGCGCCUCUCUGUCGCCCCCUCCUUCUCGCUGUAUGAUGUCACAGACCCCAGCCCCGCCCCCUCUGCCCACCUGCAUGACUUCCCGACUUCCCGUUCCUCGCUGUUCCCCGCCUCGGAACCCCAGCAUGCCGCUACAGCACCCCUGCCUAGCAAAGACCCCGCACCCUCGCUGCCUGCCCCCACCCUGCCUCACGCCCCCGUCCCCGCCCAUACCCCUCACACUCAAUUGGCACCCGCUUCAUCUGACGGGGUGGAGCUGUUAGAAUGGGGCGUGUCCCUGUCCGUCAGCCCCACCCUACAGCCUUCGGUUGUCCUCGCUAGCGAAUUCCCGCUUUCAGGGUCUGACGCCACUCCGGGUCUCACGCAACCGUUCUCUCACGAGGCGGAGCUCUUCGGGUACGCGACAGGAAGCACGCCGGACUCUUUCCUCGCAGAGGUCAGUGGCGACGGGCUCCCCUUGGCGAGUGACGUGGACGCUCUGUGCGGCUGCUCGCUGGAGCCGUCGGCGUCCUCGUCCUGGCCCCGCGCCUCGCCUCAACUCCCUUUGCCGUCUUCUUCCUGGGAUGCGGAGCCUUACACUAGCGUCGGGCCGCCCCCUGCCUGGGGUGGCGUUGGCGGCGGUGACCUUGUGAGUUCUCUUUCUGUGGCGGGCUCUGCUGAUCGUACGUCGGACCGUGCUCUGCUCUUGGUUUCCUCGUCUUCGCCGCUGCAGUCGCACUUCCUGCAGCCCAGUCACAGUGCCCCGCCCCUUUCUUUUGCAGCCACAACACCCUUCUCGCCGUCAGACGGGGCCUCCGCCAUCCCUUCCUCCGCCAUCCCUUCCUCCGCCCACGCACCAACUACUCGAGAAGGGCCGGCGGACACCAGUAGCGGUGUCUCCGGUUCGGCGCUGUCCCCUGAUUGGCUGGAUGGCCUGGAUCAGGAGUGGGACAGGGUUCAGUCCUCGGCCUCGGGGGAGGCCGCCCUUCCCCAUUCCACUGACGCCGCUAGCACCGCCGUCCCAACCAGCGCCUCAGAAUCCGGACAGACGCCAGAGGAUUUGGACGAGCGGUCGUCUGCGUUUUAUUUCGAUAGCGAGAGCGGCAGCUCCGCCGGAUCGGGCGUCGUGACGCCGAGCAUUCCCACGCUAACCUCGACUCCGCCUUGGUCGCUGGGCGGAGACGAGGAGAGCGGCUCAGGUCAGGGCGAGAGCCUUUACGACAACGAGACCUCCUCGGACUUCAGCAUCUCCGAGCGCACCGGACGGGAGUCGGAGAAAGAGGAGGAGCCAGUCGCAGAUGUCAGCAACAGCAGCCACGAGUCUUGGGUGGGUUCCAUCAGGGAGGGUGAGAGGAACGGCGCGAGGAACGCCGUGGUUCCGCUGGCCGUCAUCUCCACGCUCACCGUCCUCGGCCUUGUGGUCCUCGUCGGCAUCCUGGUCUACUGGAGGAUGUGCUUCCAGACGGCUCACUUCUAUGUGCAAGAAGGCUCCUCCCCCCGCGUGGACGCCACGCCUGCUUUGGAGUCAGACGACCGCCAGCCGUUUCCUGUCAAAGAUUUUGUCCAACACGUCGGCCAUCUUCACCAAACGCACAGCUUUCAACGCAAGUUUGAGCUACUGAAGGCGAGCUACGAGGAAGUGCAGGCGUGCACGUUGGACACGACCAUGACCUCGGACAUCUCCAACCAUCCUGACAACAAAGCCAAGAACCGCUACAGCAACAUCCUGGCCUUCGACCACAGCCGGGUGCGACUCUUGCCGCCGCACAGCAAGGACGGACGCAGCAGAGACUACAUUAACGCCAACUUUGUCGACGGCUUCAAGACCAAACGCUCGUACAUCGCCGCCCAGGGUCCGCUCAAGUCGAGCACCGACGACUUCUGGAGGAUGGUUUGGGAACAGAACGUGGGCGUCAUCGUCAUGAUCACCAACCUGGUGGAGAAAGGACGAAGAAAGUGUGACCAGUACUGGCCCGCGGACGUGCACGAGGACUACGGCGGCAUCCUGGUGACGCUGAAAAGCACCAGCGAGCUGGCCCACUACACUCGGCGCACCUUCAGCAUCGCAAACACGCACGUCAAGGUCAAAAAGGGUUCCCAGAGGGGGCGGGACUCGGGGCGGGUGGUCACACAGUACCACUACACCCGCUGGCCCGACAUGGGCGUGCCCGAAUAUGCGCUGCCGCUGCUCACGUUCAUACGCAAGUCGUCUGAGGCCAGGACGCCCGGCAUGGGUCCGGUGGUGGUGCACUGCAGCGCGGGUGUCGGCCGGACGGGCACGUACAUCGUUGUGGACAGCAUGCUGAAGCAGAUGAGGGACGAGGGCGCCGUGGACGUGGACGGCUUCCUCAAGCACAUCCGCACGCAGAGGAACCAUCUGGUCCAGACUCAGGAGCAGUACGUGUUCAUCCACGACGCCUUGGUGGAGGCCAUCAAGUCUGGGGUGACCGAGGUGGCGGCGUCUCACCUGCACAGGUACGUGGACCAACUGCUGACCCUGGGGCAGGAUGGGAGGACGCCACUGGACCAGCAGUUCAAGCUGCUGAGCGCCGACGACGACGAAGACGACGAAGGAGACCGCCCCCGCCACAAGGACGGAACCGGCGCGCUGGUACCGGGCGACACGUCGGACUACAUGAACGCGUCCUACGUCAGCGGCUACAAACACUGCAGGGAGUUCAUCAUUACCCACAAUCCUUUGCCACACACCCUCAAAGACUUCUGGAGGAUGAUUUGGGACCACAACACGCACGUCAUCGUGUCCCUGCCGACUUCGCAUCACGCUCAGGUCACACGGCGACCAUCUUUACGCUUCGCAUACGCCGCCGUCUUUAUAUGCUGUCUUUAUGUACGCCAGCAGACACAGGAAGAGGCGGAGCCUUCCGUGUUUGGUCCUGGCAAAGGGCAGCCGAUCGUGUACGAGGCGUUCACUGUCACGCACGUGGCUGAGAAUGUGGUCUGCUUGGCCAACGAGGACAUGCUGGUGGCCCAGGACUUUGUGCUGGAAGCUACGCAGGACGACUAUGUCCUGGAGGUGAGACGCUACCGCGCACCCCGCUGGCCGAACCCAGACAGUCCCAUCAGCAACACCUUCCAGCUGCUCCACCUGGUCAAGGAGACCAUCUGGGCCAAGGAGGGACCCACUGUGGUCCACGAGCAUGUGGGCGGAGUCACGGCGGGAACCUUCUGCGCGCUGCUGUCUUUGAUGCGACAGCUGGAGGCCGAAGGUUCCGUUGACGUCUUCCAAGCGGCCAAGCUCAUCAACCUCAGCAGACCCGGAACCUUCUCUCACCUUGACCGCUACCAGUUCCUCUAUGAGUCCAUGCUGAGCCUCCUCGGGACGCAAGAAGACCACAGAAGCUUCCGGUCUUCGGACAAGAACGGCGUCGUGGUGCUGGGAGGAAGCACGGCCGAGAGCCUGGAAUCUCUGGUGUGAAGAAAACUUUUCCAAGCAACAAACUUUCCUCCGAGAGAACUCGGAUAUUGGACUUUAUCCAGUGGAUUUUUGUAACGUGCCUUUUUUUUUUAAUUCUUUAACUGGACACAAGCAGCUUGAUGAUAAUCUUUUCAUGUAAAUCACAUCAACGGACCAAAUUUAUAUUUAUGCUUUAUGAAUAGAUAUUUCAUUUGUAGCUUUGGCUUUUUUACUCUGCAUUUUCUAACAAACAUUCUUAGCCGCCAAUUAAAUGACUUGUUGACAAAAUGCUCAUCGUCAGUUUUA